CUUUGUGCAGAGAAUGUGACUAAUGCAACAACCCAGACAGAACCUUUAUCAAGCAUUGAAAUCUUCAAUAUAUUCAUAUAUUUUGUCACCUUCGCUCUGGGUAUCGUUGGAAAUGGGCUCAUCAUAUUUGUGACUGGCUACAAAAUGAAGACGACCGUCAACUCCAUUUGGUUUCUCAACCUGGCGAUUGCAGACUUCAUCUUCAACUUCAUAAUCAUCUUCUACAUUGUUAUUGCCUUUAACAGGAUGGUUUGGCACUUUGGUGACUUCAUGUGCAAGUUUGUCAGCUUUGUGGCGGUGCUAAAAAUGUUUGUCAGCAUCUUUUUGCUCACUGCUAUCAGUCUUGAUGGAUACCUGUUCACUUGGUCAACUUUGGUCAAAGCCAGGAUCAUCUGUGCACUUGUGUGGGUUUUAUCCAUCCUCUGCAGCAUUCCCUUUGUCAUCAACCGUUUGGUAAUGCAUAAACAAUGCAUUUAUAAUUUAGAACCCUUCAAGUCUCUGGUCAUAUACAGGUUUAUGGUAGGUUUUCUCAUCCCUUUCCUGAUCAUUGUAUCUUCAUUCAUUGCUAUCGGAGUGCGGGCCAAACGUCUCAAAAGAGGAAAGAAACUUAAGUCUUUUGGGGUCAUUAUAUCUGUGAUCAUGGCCUUAUUCUUAUGCUGGUUUCCUUUUCAUGUUCACCAGCUGUGUACUGUAAUUGCACUCGAGAAUGAGUGGAAUGAAUUUUUUUUUGUAAUAAUUUACAUAGGACCUUUUGUAAACUGCCUAGUUCAUCUCAGCAGCUGUCUGAACCCCAUUCUCUAUGUGUUCAUGUGUGAGGAGUUUAAGAAGAAGCUGAAACAGUCUCUGCUGCACUGUAAACCCGGAUAGUACUACUAACUUAUAAAGAUUGAUUAAAGUCUGUUAAAUCAUUGAUGCAACUUAAAACAAUUACAUUUUCUGAACGAGGAGUUUAGUUUUAUUUUUGUGUAGCACAACAUU